UAUGGCCCCAAGAAAAAAAGGCGAGAAGAAAAGGAAUACAGAGGAGGUUACUGAAACAAAGGAGCCACAACAUUCUGGUGCAGAACCAUCAGAUGGCAGCAGCAGAGAAGAAAAAAUGGCACAGAAAAGGAAGAUAAAGCCUAAGAAAAAAUACAUAGGUGCUCACGUCUCAAUAUCAGGAGGAAUAUGGAAAGCAGUCGAAUCAAGUGUGGCCAUAGGAGGUCAUGCUUUUGCACUUUUCUUGGGCUCCCAGCGCUGCUGGACGAGACCAGCCCUUGAUACAGCAGCUGCAGUUAAAUUUCAAGAAGCCUGUGCUCAACAUGGCUUUGAUCCGAUACACAUCCUGCCACAUGGAUCUUAUUUGAUGAACUGCGGUUCCCCCAAAGAAGACGUGUUCAGUAAGAGCCAGAACAUGCUUGUGGAUGAACUGAGUCGCUGCAGUGCACUGGGCCUCAGCCAGUUUAACUUUCACCCUGGAGCUUCUAUAGACUCCACCCCUGAGAAAUGCAUGGAGAAAAUUGCCCAAGCUAUUAACCACGCACACCAGCAAACCCCUGCUGUCAUUACAGUACUUGAAAACAUGAGUGGUCAGGGCAGCACUAUAGGUGGGCAGUUCAGUGAACUGAGAAGUAUAAUAGACUCGGUACGUGACAAGACACGUGUUGGGGUGUGUCUGGACACUUGCCAUGCUUUUGCAGCAGGCUACGACAUUUCACCACCUGGAGGAGUGAAGAAUAUACUUGAUGAAUUUGAUCGUGUGGUCGGGUUGCAUUAUUUGAGAGCCAUUCACUUAAAUGACUCCAAAGGACAAUUAGGCUGCCACCUGGACCGCCAUGAAGACAUUGGAUGUGGCCAAAUAGGCAUUACUGCUUUCCGAGAAAUUGUUAAUGAGCCUCGACUGGAUAAUAUCCCUCUGAUUCUAGAAACACCUGGUCGACCAGGUUUUGAGUAUGCUGAACAGAUAGAGCUCCUUUACUCCCUUUGUGAAAAAAAGAAGAAGAAUUAAACAUCUGCUUGGU